CAUCACAUCAGCACCUUGCCAUUGGCCCAAGUCCACACGCAACGUGCCUGCAACGUGCACGCAAACAUGCACGCGGGGCUCAGGAUCACCCGACCGCUGUUGUCGGCACUUCUUCAUCAGGCCGUGCUGCGCUUGGUGCUGCGGCGCUGCGCUGUGCCGCUGACGGUGAGCUUCGCCCAAGCGGCGCUCAAUCUAGUAUUCUACCUCUAUUACGAUGCUUACAAUAUGUAGAGACGCCUCCUACUGCAAUUCUCAUUUAAGCUGCCAGCGAGCUGUCUUUGCAAAAUUUACCUCAGUUGGGGUGAUACUGCUAAAAAUAUUUUAACAAAGCAUGAUGCAGCUUUAUAACAUCACGAAUCGAGGUUGAGAAGCAGAAGCGAUGACGUCGCUCACUGCCAGCGUUGCACCUGCGGAGCACUUGGCCCAGCCGGCUUCUAAAGUGGUGAUCACAGGCUCAGGCUUCAGUACCGAUGAGCGCGAAGUCAUACGCGCUUGGGCUCAGCGCCUGGGCGCGGGGUACAGUGGCGACCUGGUCUGCAGGAAGACCACACACUUGGUGUCUAAGGACCUCCUGAAGCAGUAUGCCUCGGCGAAGUACUACAAGGCGCUGGAGUGGGGCAUUGCCAUUGUGUCGUACCGCUGGCUGUGGGACUCGAUGAAUGCCGCUCGCGUGCUGCCGUUGGCGCCCUACAAGUCCGACCGGCCAGGGCUCGCAGACGCCGCACUGCGAGACGCCGUGGCCCUCAUCCGCAAACAGCAGCAGGUGCCGGCAGCUGCAGCUGCGGCUGCGCUGCCGCGCGGGGGCCGCCAGCCGCUGCAGCUGCUCUCUGCAAACCCAGCAGCCACGACCACGGAUACAGGCUGCGGCGAGGGUGCGCUGCUGGCUGGUUCUGGUCAACCCAAAUCGGAGAAGCGGCCCCGGGAGCUGCAGCAGCCUGCAGCACCCGGCUUCGGCCCGGAUGAGUUCACCUUUGACGUGCCGCUCGUGGCGGGCCGCGGCGCGCCGGCGCCCAGCCCCAAGCUGUACCCGGCCGCGCCGCCGCAGCUGCAGCUUUUUGGAAGCGCCGGUAAGGCUGCGGAGGAGCAGGGGCAGGAGUGCAAGCAGGAGGUCGGCGAUGCGGAUGCCGAAGGGAAAGAGGAUGCAGAUGAGGACAUCAUUGCGGAGACGCAAGCGCACCCGCACAGCCCCUCAGCCUCCUCCUGCAAAGGACCACCCGCGGUCGCUGCUGCUGCCACCGGCGUAGCAGCAGAAGCUAUCCACCCUGAGCCGCAGCCGGUCGCAGCUGCCAGCAGUAGCAGCCCUUCUCUGGAGGUGGGCCUGUCAGCUCUGGGCGGCACGGAGACCAUCUCCAUCGCCGGGGGUGCUGGCUGCGAUGCUGUUGACUGUGGCGACGGCGGCGGCGACAACCGCACACCCACAUCGGGCGUGAGUCUGGAUGAGCCGUACGUCACGCGUCGGGGUGGCGGCGGCGGUGGCGGCGCCAGCAGCCACGUGCCGCCGAUGCGCCCCAUGCGGCUGCAGCAACGCCUGGACGAUAUGUCGCCCUGCAGCAGCAGCUGCCGCGCCGGCAGCCUCGGUACGGCUUCCAUUUCUCCAGCGGCGGCGGCGGCGGGUUACGAGGCCUGUGAGGCAUGUGAUGAGGCCUCGGGCGAGGUGUGCACACCAGUGGGGCGACCGGGCGGGCGGGGCGGCGGCGGUGCGGCCCAGCACGGCGGCCAAGCUGGCGAUGCUGACGUGGUGGACCUGCUGACGCCCACGGGUGUGAUGCCGGGCGGGGCGCUGGGCCCCGCCGACGGCGGCGUCCUGCUGCCGCCUGGCAGGCCUCACGGCGCCGCCGCAGAGAAGGCGGCUGCCUCUUCUGCUGCUGUUUCUUCAGCGGCGUCGCAGGGCUCCGCCGGCGCGGCCGCGGUGCUGUACAGCGGCUUUGACCCGCCGCUGGCGGCGGUGGCCACGGUGCGCAAGCGGCUGGUGCGCAAUGACCAGCGCCAGGGCAGCCAGCAGCGGGAGCAGGUGCAGCAGGAGCAGGCGCAGCAGCCGCGGGGGCAUCACGUGCAGGCGCGCAGAAGGGGUCGGGAGGGCGCGGCUUGGGAAGAAGAGCUGGAGGACGAGCUGGAAGACAGCGACGUGGAGGCGCCGGUGCAGGAGCCAGUGCUGCAGCGGCCGGCGCAGGAGCAGCAGCUGGAGGAGGCCUUGGAGGAUCAGCUGGAAGACGAAGAGCUGCAGCAGCCAAAUCCGGAGCCCCUGCCGCCCGCGCCGCAGUCGCAGCGGCGGCGGCUGAGGCAAGGCCCUGGGGCGUCAGCAUUACGCGGCUCCGUCGAAGCGGGGCUGGGGUCAGGACCGGGCCGGGGGGCAGAGGAGGAUUUGGCAAUGGAGGCGGCGGUGCGGCGCGGGCCGGCUCUGCUGGCGGCCGCUGCCGCGCCGCCGCCCCGGCCCUCGCUGGCCAACAGCUCCGUGUCGGUUGGCAGCCUGCGGUCUUUGUGGCAGCAGCGGCAGGAGGAGUCCAGGGCCGCCGGUGCGGUGGCGCAGUCGCGCCGCCCGCAGCUCGCGGGCCACCGGCACCAACAGGGCCCGGCGCGGGAGCGGGGGGUUGAGGAGGAGGAGAAGGAGGAGGAAGAGGAGCAGGGGCGCCAGGAUGCGCAGCAGGCGUGCAGCAGUGCAACGAUGGCGCAGCCGCCUGCGCGACGGCCUGUCCAGCACAAGCCGCAACCCUCGGCCGCGACCCACAUGCCGAACCAGCAGCCGCACCAGCAGCCGCAGCGGCAGCAGCAGCAGCAGCCGCAGCAGCAGCCGCACCAGCACCAGCCGCAGGAGGCUACUGCCGCUACAGCCUGGCACGGCGUUCGGAUCAAGCCCGACCCAGGCGCCGCGGCUGAAGACGAGGCACUGCCGCUGGGGCCGCCGGCGGGCUUGACAGCCCGAGCCCCGCCGCUGCCGCCCGACGGCCUGCGGGUCCCCGCCAUCAAGCCAGAGCCGGAGGCGGGGGGGAAGAGACCAGGCGCAUCGGAGCGGCGGCGCGCGGCGGCGCUGGCGACGUCGUCAUUGGUGCUGGAGCCGGAGUCCCUGGCGGCGCGGCCCGGAGUGCAUGGCGGCGGCGCCGCCGAUGACGUGGCGGCAAAGGCCAGCCGCCGCCGCCACCGCCGGGCCGCCGUUGCGGCGGCGUUCCAGGCCACGCCGACCCCAGAGGACAUCGGGCUGGGGCCCGAUGACGUGGAGGGAGAUGUUAAUAAUGGUGGCGGUGGUGGCGCGGGGGACGGCGACGGCGACGGCGACGGCGAGUCUGGCUACGAGAGCGCGGCUGACCUGGACGCGGUCCUGGCCGAGUCGCAGUCAAACGCAGGCGAGCACACCGGCGGCGCGGCCAGCACUGCUGCUGCCGGCGGCCUGCGGGCGGGCGGCGGCGCGUUUGGCGGCGAGGUGUCGACGCCGCCGGGGUAUGGGGCAGGCGCUGGGAUGCUGGUUGGCGAGGUGGUGGUGGAGCCUGGGGCGGCGGCGGUGGCUGGGCCGGGGCGGCUGGGCCCGCAGGCGGGUCCCGCCACCAUCAAUCGGAUGCUCACGCUGCGCACGGGCGGCCUCACACCGCUGCCGGCGGCGCAGCGACGCCCGCUGAUGCCCAGGAUAGACUGGUCGGAGUCUGACUCGGAGGCGGGCCAGGAAGCAGACGGCGCGCGCGCACCUGCAACUGCCACAGCCGCACCUACAGCGCGGCGUAAGGCCGGUAAGGCGGCGGCGGCGGCGGCAGCUGCAGCAGCAGCCGCAGCGACAGUGCCACCGCCGACGGCACCGCGGGCGCGCAAAGGGGCCAAGGCGGCUGCUGCUGCGGCGGCGGCUGCUCGCGACUACGGCGACAGCGACGCCACCGUGACUGAGGAUGAGGCGGGCGGCAGCGAGGGCGGGAGCGCAGGGGCCCAGGCCGAUAGCAACGACGACGAUGCCCGGGAGCGGGAGUGCCGGCAUCCCGCUGGCGGUGGUGGCGGCGGCGGCAGCAAGCCUACCCGGGCAGUCGGUCGUGCCGGCGGCGCCGCGGCGCGCGCCAGCAUCGCCACCGCCUCUUCGUCCGCGGUGCUGCAGUCGCAGGCCAGCGGCAGUCUGAUGCUGUCGCUUGCUGCUACCGGGUACACUACCGACACAGCUGACGGCGGCGUGGACGGCGGCGGCGGCGACGCAGGCUGCUCCUUCGCGCCGCCGGCGCUUACUGAUGACCGCAGCAUCAGCCGCUACCUGCGCAAGGCCGCGCGCAUGGCUGAAGACUACCUGCGGAGCCUGCAGGAGAGCGCGGCGCUGGCAGCAGCAGGCGGUGGUGGCGGUGGUGGUGGUGGUGGUGGUGGUGGUGGCGGGGCCAGUGGGGGUGCGAGUGGGGGAGCGGAGGGGGCUGUCUUGUUGCGGGACGGCGACGUGCGUGUGGUGAAGGCGCUGAGCCGGCCGCCGCGCAGCCACACGGUGCGGGAGCGGCACCCGGGCGUGGCGCUCAAGGGCGUGGAGUUCGCGGAGCAGGUCAUGCUGGAGCCGCUCAGGCUGCUGCUCAACUGCCGCGACCGCUCGCGCAGAGCGCGCUGCCCCAUCAUCGCGCUGGACGCAGACGCUGAGGCGGCGGCGCCUGGGGGCAGCAAUGCAGCUGCCUCGCAGCCGACAACUCAACAACAGCAGCACCAGCAGCAGCCGCAGCAGCCGGAGGUAUUCCUGGCGGAGCCGUGCGUCAUGUACCGCCUGCCCUCGGGCGAGUGGUGGCUGGAGUACUACCGCUACUGGAGCGAGGCCGACCUGGCCGCGCUGGCCGGCAGCCGCGGCCGGCCGCUCCACGUGCCGCUGGACUUCGUGGGGCGGCGCGAGCUCAUGCGCGACACCGACCGGGCACACUGCAGGCUGACGGCGGUGCGCGGUGACCUGGGCGUCAUGCGCACCAAGAAGCCGCCGCCCGCGCCCGCCGCCGGCCGCCCCGGCAGCAGCAGCCGGCCCGCCUUCUGCCGCUUCAUCUUUGACAGCCACACGGGGGAGGCGCUGACCAACCAGCCCGUGUCAGACUUUGUGAGCGGAUGAGGAGCUAGGAGGCGACCGACUGGUGACAGAAGCCGGGGCUUGUGGCCUUGCAGGGGGUGAGCACUUGCCACGACAGCAGCAGGAGGCGACAGGCGUGCGGCGAGAAGGCGACCGUGAAGGCGUGGGGGCUGGGAGGGCGCGACAGAGCGCUGUGUGAGAUGCUGAGGCAGUGAGAUGCCAGCGGUGGACGUGUGAUACCGUAUGGAGGGCAGGGGGGCUGUGUGGAGGCGCGGUGGGACUGGUGCGUGGGUGUUGCGCUAGCCCGAGUGUACACUAGUGCUGAUGAUGUGUGUAGAGAGGCCCACUGGGGAGCCUGGGGAGUGGGGCUACAAGUACGAUGAGCUAUCCCCUGCUGGAACUGGAAACUAGGCAAAGCACCACGGGUACCGUAUCACGUGCUGGCGAUUGCUAGCAGGUUCCGUACUCGCCACAGGCGAUGGAAAGGUUUGCGGCACAUCCUUGCCGCUUGCGUGUGCGCAUGCUCGCGGCUUUGCACAUACGCCAUCGUGAUUCGUGCGAGGACGGUGCGGGGCUUAUCUCAUCCGACAACUGCAGAAACUUGGUGCGCACUGUCAACUGUUACAGGAUCA